CUGAGAGGGACAGCACUUCUGUAGUGGUCAGUCAGUGUCAGGUAGAGCUGAGAGGGACAGCACUUCUGUAGUGGUCAGUCAGUGAGCCAAGAUGAAGCUAAAGAAAGGAGCUCUUUUAAAUUAUCUGGACUUUGACAGUGUCUACUGUCUUCUCUCCCUGCGCAAUGCCAAAAUACUGUCUGAUUACUUCAAACUACUGGAUGUCCACAACAGGAACACUCUGAAUGACAUCCAGUUCUACCACUUCAUGCACCAUGUGACUGACCUGAAGAAGAAGGAGAUCAUGAUGACCUUUGACAUGCUAGACUGGAACGCCAGCGGAGAGAUUGCCUUCGAACAGUUCUACAUGCUGGUCUGCAUCCUGCUCUGCAGCGAGUACCACGUGGAGAAGAACUUCAUCUUCCGUCACUCCAGGCCGGUGUUUGAGUUGCUGGACAUGGACGGAGGUCGCACCAUCAGCCCCGCCGAGUUCCAGGCCUCUGGCUUCCUGUUCAACCUCAAGGGACACGCCCUCGAUAAGAUCUUCUACGAGUUCGACGUCUCCGGAGACGAGCACCUGAACUACAAGGAGUUUAAGAUGUUCACUAUGGCCUGUAUCGACAUGCAGGAGGAGACCAAGAAGAUGCAGAAGUAA